GGCGCCAGCCUCAUUCGUCUCCAUUUCCACGACUGCUUCGUCAACGGAUGCGACGCCUCAAUUUUGUUGGACAACAAUGGAACGGCGAUUGUGAGCGAGAAAGGCGCUGCCCCCAACGUUAACUCCGCUAGGGGUUUCGACGUGGUGGAAAACAUCAAGUCCGCCGUCGAAACCGCCUGCCCCGGCGUCGUCUCGUGCGCCGACAUUCUCGCUCUUGCCUCCCAAGCCGCCGUCAAUCUGACCGGUGGUCCUUCGUGGACUGUCAUGUUGGGAAGAAGAGACGGUAGAAAUGCAAAUCAGUCGUUAGCAAACACUUCAAUUCCUGCUCCAACGGAAGGCUUGACAAACAUCAUUCAGAAGUUCACAAACGUUGGACUGAACAGCACCGAUGUUGUCGCAUUGUCGGGCGCGCACACGUUUGGACGCGCACGGUGUGCCACAUUCAGCAACAGACUAUUCAACUUCAACAACACGGGCCAACCCGACCCGACCCUCAACACAACAUACUUAGCCACUUUGCAGCAGGCUUGUCCACAAAAUGGGUCUGGGUCGUCUAAUCUGAACAACCUUGACCCGACAACCCCUGACGGGUUCGACAACAACUAUUUCUCAAACUUGAAGAACAACAAUGGGCUUCUCCAAUCUGAUCAGGAGCUGUUUUCGACAUCCGGUGCGACAACUAUUAACCUGGUCAAUGCAUUCGCUUCAAACCAAGCAACGUUCUUUCAGAACUUUAUUCAGUCCAUGAUCAAAAUGGGAAAUAUUGGCAUUUUGACCGGAACUGAUGGAGAGAUUAGGAAAAACUGCCGUCUCCGAAAUUAAUACGUGUACGCGUUUGACUUUUUUCAUUCAAGUAGAUUCGAAUUGAAUGACAUUUGAUCAUCAAUUGAAUAAAUAUAAUAAAAGAAUGAAAUAAUCUUUUGGUAGUUUUCUGCCAUAUAAAUCUAAUGUGGUUAU